UGAAAUGUGUAAGCAUGAUGUUGCCUGGAUAAUCAGCGGAGGGUGAGAGGACGUGGAGGUGCUAAUGAUCCUGUGAUCCUGCACAAACCACAGACCACAGACAGCUGAGGCCCACAGAACCAGGCGGGACAGCACCUGAUGCGUGGCUCGGGCCGGACUCCGAGAGGAAAAGGCUCUUACAAACAUGGGUGUGCUCCAGCUCCACAAUCCUUCUCACUCCAGCACUUUGCUGCAUCGGGCCAAUCAAAUGCGUCUUACUGGCACCCUAUGCGAUGUCAUCAUCACAGUGGAUGGCCAGGAGUUCCCAGCACAUCGCACAGUCCUGGCCUGCACCAGCAAGAUGUUUGAGAUCCUGUUCCAUCGCAGCAGUCUGCGAUAUGCCCUGGACUUCCUGUCCCCUAAGACCUUCCAGCAAAUCCUGGAGUAUGCUUACACCGCCUCUCUGCAAGCCACUGCUGAGGACCUAGAUGACCUGCUGUAUGCUGCAGAGAUCCUGGAGAUAGAGUAUCUGGAGGAGCAGUGCCUCAAGGUGCUGGAGACCAUUCAGCAUGAGGAGAGCCAUGAUGUAGCCCUGAAAAACCACAGCCCCACAGACCACGGCGAGCCACGCGCCCGCCACUGGAGACAAAUGCUAAUGUCAAAGAAGCAUUCCAUACAGGAUGGGCCUGCACGCACCACCCCCUCUGUCCUGCACCAGCUGGCCCUGUACCACAUGUCUGACAGAAGUCCCACUCACAUGGAGCAAAACAACACACCGCUGAGCCCAAAACAGCUCCAGGAGGGGGCGCUGAAGAGCACCCAUGAGUCGCCCUCAGAGCUGUCCCAGGUGACCUCUAUGGAUCCUGACAGCAUCAAGUGUGAGAGCAUGCAAGUGGAUGAGCCUGAGGUGGGCCAAGGCCAGCCCUCCAGCCCGGACCAGGGGAGCGGUGUCGCAGAGCAGUCUCAUGAUGAGGGGCCCGGGACCCCCCUGAGAAGCAGCGUCAUCACCAGUGCUCGAGAGCUGCACUCCAGCCCUGAGCAUGGAGGAGCAGCGGCCAAUACUCUGGACUCUUUCCCUGGGAUAGGAGAGAAACAUAUGACCUCUGUUUACUCGAUGACUGGCAAUCACACAGGGGAUGGGAUGAUUCCAGUAUCAAUGGCCCCACCCUUGGGUGUCUCACUGGACCCUAGAGCCUACGGUGGCCUGUUACACCAGGGUCUGCUCCACAGAGAACUGCUGAACCGCCUGGGCCAGUUCGCAGCAGGAAUGAGGCAGGAGGGCCAGAGCCAGGGCCAGUGCUGUGGUGAAUGUGGGCUACAG